CGAUGCAAAAGAACACCUGUUUAAACUACAUGCUAAAAAACACGCAUUCAAAUCAGUAGCAUAAGCAUACCAUCUUAAUACAUAAAUUCAAUUGACUGCUAGCUGAAAAAAGAGAAAACAAAACAAACUCGGCACUUUAGGAGAAAAACAGGAAAAACAUGGCUAAAAAGAAGCAAGAGGUUGCCCUUCAACGACGAGGACAGUUCUACGGGAAACAGAUUCUGAAUGAUGAGCAAUGGGAAAAAGAGUUGGAGCACAACGGAAUUCUAGUGAUUGAUGCGUAUCAGAAGUGGGCAGGUCCUUGCAAAGCAACCGUGGCUCUGUUCCGGAGGGUGAAGAACGAACUUGGAGAUGACCUACUGGGCUUCGCCGUGGCAGAGACAGACAACAUAUCCGCCCUAUCUUUCUACAGAGGAAAAUGCAAACCCACUUUUCUGUUUUACGCUGGCGGUAAAUUGCAAUCAGUGGUUCGUAGUUGCAAUGCACCUGCACUGGAGAGGACAAUCCAAGAGCAACUGACCAAGGAACACAAAGUACAGUCGGGAGAUGCAGAGCGGGCAGAGUACGUGGAUCCACAAUUGGAAGCUCAAAGACAGGCCGAGGAAGACGCGAGACUGGAGGCUCUGAAGCCGAAGCCAGUUCCCAAGACAUGCUCCGUGUUCGUCAUCAAGCCAGACGCUGUCGAGGCCGGUCACGUGGAGGAGAUCUUGGAGAAGCUGCGGGAGAAUGGGAUGGAGAUCGUCAAAUCAGAGGAGAAGCAGUUGACGGAGGAGGAGACGAGGGAAAUGUACAAGGUGCACGAGGAGGAGCCGUGGUUCGAAGAGCUAAUUGAGCUGAUGACUGGAGGCCCCUGUCACAUCGCCAUAGUGACCAAGGGUGCCACGGGCGAAGAAGUAAUUCCCGAACUGAGGAAACUAGUCGGACCAACCGACGCCGAGAAGGCCAAAGAGGAGGACCCGGAGUCCCUGCGAGCACUGUACGGCACCAGUAAACUGGUCAACGGAGUCCACGCCGCCGAUUCCAAGGAGCAGGCAGCAAACGAGCUUGCAUUCUUCUUUCCCAACGCGGACCUUCCGAUGCAGGAGCAGAAAGAGCCGGGCAAGCUGCAGCGUACUCUUGCCAUCAUCAGACCAGAUGCAUACCGGGAGAGAGGGGAGGAGAUCCUGUCCCAGAUCAAGGCCAGUGGCUUCGACGUGGCCCUCCAAAAGGAACUCCAUCUGACUCGGGAGCAGGCAGAGGGAUUCUACGCAGAGCACAAGGAUGAACCGUUUUUCCAAAUGCUCGUCGACAACAUGACAAGUGGUCCAGUGUUGGCAUUGGGCUUGGCGCGAGAAGACGCCAUCGACCGGUGGCGAGGCAUGCUUGGCCCCAAGGAGAAAGAAGCGGCCCAAGAAAACCCUUCCUGUCUCAGAGCCCAGUUCGAUGUGGAGGCAGCCCAAGUGAACCAGCUGCACGGAUCGGAUAGUCCGGAGGCCGCAGAGAAGGAGAUUGAGUUCUUCUUCCCCAAGGAAAAGACUCUGGCUGUAAUUAAGCCAAACGCUAUGAACAAGAAAGAGGAGAUAAUGGCGCGAAUCCGAGAGGCUGGGUUUGAAGUGUCUUCUCAGAAGGAGUCGCACUUGACCAAGGAGAUGGCAGAGAGCUUCUACGGAGAACACGCUGACAAGGAGUUCUUCGACCAACUAGUCGAAUUCAUGUCCAGUGGAGACACUUUGUUCAUGGUACUAACAAGGGAAGAUGCCGUGAACGAGUUCCGUAGGCUGGCUGGCAACAAGGACCCGGAGGCGGCCAAGAACGAGGCACCAGACAGCAUCCGAGCUAUGUUCGGCGAUGACAUCUUGCGAAACGCCGUACACGGCAGCUCCACAGUCGAACAGGCGUUCGAGAAAAUAUCCAAAGUGUUCGAUGACGAACAGAAGAGAAGAGAUUCGACCACAGCUUCUCUACACGAAGCGUCGGCUGAAGGCGACGAAGAAAAGACUGAAGAUGCUGCGCCUGCGGAAGAAGCGGCGACCGCGGAGCCAUCCGCACAGCAACAAGAGGACAAAAAAGAGGAGGGGGAAACAACAGAAGAAGCUACAACUGAAGACAAACCCGAAGACGCAACAGAGGACGCUGAACAAAAAACUGCAGCUGACGAAACGAGUCCAGCCGAAGAACAGAAACCCGACGAAGCAAAAGCCGAGGAGCAAACCUCGGAAGAAAAUAAAACCGAUGAGCCAACAACUGAAGAGCCAAAAGAUAACGAGGAAGGCGAACAAAAACCCGAGGAGCCGGUGUCGCCAGAAGCCGACGCGACGAAACCAGCAGAUGAAGGAGAGACUAAAGCCGAAGAAACGGGCGGCGAUGAAACUAAAACUGAGGACGAAAAAACAGCUGAAGAUAAACCAGCAACAGAAGGAACAGAGGGCGAGAAACCACCCGAAGGAGAAACAAAACCGGAAGAUAAAAAAGACGAAGCACCGGCAUCCUGAUUGAGCGAAUUGUUUGCCGGGCAAUGAAGUUGACUAUCAGCAAGAGACAAGAAGAGACUAGGAAAGAGACGGGGGUCACAUUUCAGCACAGCGUCUUUAUAAACCACCAGGAUCAAAAACUAAUUGAAAUUUAUAUUUCCAGAAUUUAGACAUCCUGCAAAUCGUAAUUGAUUUCGAUCUAUCAAACAA